AUGACGGAGCACGUGGCAACUUGUUUGAGGAAAUCACCGGAUAACAUCAUCUUACGCACAAGACGCCGUAAUUACUUAAUUAAAAUAGAGAACUUCGCGAAAUGUUCCGAAAAAAUCGCUCUGUUGAUGAAAUGCGGAAAGGUACCACCAGCAAUUGAUUUAUCAUGUUAUGAUGUCGGCGCUGUACGUACGCUGACAGAUUUUAUUGCUGGAAUAGAUAAACGUAAUUUACGCUUGGGUGAUAAUAUUCUCACUGAUUUGCUUCAAUUAGCACGCAUUUUUCGUAUGAAUCAAUUUACCUCUUUAAUCGUAGAGCAUGUAAUUGAAAAAGUGGAGAAGGGACCACGUUCAAAUCUUUUAUUAGCCUUAAAUUUGGUAUCUUCUGAUUGGAGCAUGUUUUUGCGCAUUAAUGAAACAUCGGCGCUUGUGGAAUCUGCUGCAGAAAAUAUCAGCGAAGUUGCCAUGUCGACUUUUUUCUACAUUCUACCAGCAGCAGUUCUGGUUAUGCUUUAUAGCAGAUGUGACGUAGACAUAUCAUCCGAAGUGGAAUUAAGUCAGCGUUUUAUUCACUGGCUCAAGAAAAUGAUCCGGACAGAUAGUGAAGCCGAAAUUCUCUUCUCUUGCAUCCGGACACCGUUCCUAUCACCAAAAGAUCGUGAAAUCAUUCGAGAAAAAUGCAUUGGAUUACCAAAAAGUGUAGAUAACUUAUUUCUUUUGACAAAUAUGACAAAUGUGAUUGAGAAUACACUAAAUUCAUCGCGUAACCACCGUUGUUGCGUGAUUCGUGAACAUGUUGAACGUCACUAUCCACGUUGCGGAAUUCCAGACAGCAAUAGUUAUUUUAAAGUAAAUGCCAUCAAUUUAACAACUAAAGCGAUAAGGGAUAAAAAUAGGUAG